AUGUUUUACCACAUAUCACUGGAGCAUGAAAUUCUGCUGCAUCCACGCUACUUUGGGCCGCAGCUGCUUGAGACGGUGAAGCAGAAGUUGUACUCGGAAGUGGAGGGAACCUGCACGGGAAAAUAUGGUUUUGUGAUUGCCGUCACAACCAUAGAUCAGAUCGGAUCUGGUGUCAUCCAGCCCGGACAGGGCUUCGUGGUGUAUCCGGUCAAGUACAAGGCCAUUGUGUUUCGUCCCUUCAAGGGGGAAGUGCUGGACGCAGUGGUCAAGCAGAUCAACAAAGUCGGCAUGUUUGCAGAAAUUGGUCCCUUGUCUUGUUUUAUAUCGCAUCAUUCUAUUCCCGCUGAUAUGCAAUUCUGUCCGAAUGGCAAUCCCCCUUGCUAUAAGAGCAAAGACGAGGACGUGGUCAUCUCUGGGGAGGACAAAAUACGCCUCAAGAUUGUGGGCACGCGUGUGGAUGCCACGGGCAUUUUUGCCAUUGGCACUCUGAUGGAUGACUAUUUGGGUCUCGUUUGCAACUAGAAUCCCCUCCAAAUCGAAGCCAAUCCUUUUGUUGGUGUACCAUUUAAAUAUAUAUAUA